GCCGCCAUUUUGAAUGUCAGGUUUGUUUCUCCCUCCGUCUCAAAGAGAGAAGAAGAUUCCCAUUUCUUACUGGUGUCAUUAAGGCUGAGGAUGCCAGCUCCGAUCAGACUGCGAGAGCUGAUCCGGACCAUCCGGACCGCUCGGACCCAGGCAGAGGAGCGGGAAAUGAUCCAGAAAGAAUGCGCUGCUAUUAGGUCGUCUUUCAGAGAAGAGGACAACACAUACCGCUGUAGAAACGUUGCGAAGCUACUCUAUAUGCACAUGCUGGGGUACCCAGCCCACUUUGGACAGUUGGAGUGCCUGAAAUUGAUUGCAUCUCAGAAGUUCACAGACAAACGGAUAGGGUACCUGGGAGCAAUGUUACUGCUGGAUGAGAGACAGGACGUCCAUCUACUCAUGACAAACUGCAUCAAGAAUGACCUGAACCACAGCACGCAGUAUGUCCAGGGCCUGGCUCUAUGUACCCUGGGCUGCAUGGGAUCCUCAGAGAUGUGCCGCGAUCUGGCCGGGGAGGUGGAGAAGCUUCUCAAAACGUCGAACUCCUACCUGAGGAAAAAGGCAGCUCUGUGUGCCGUUCAUGUGAUCAGGAAGGUGCCGGAGCUGAUGGAGAUGUUCCUCCCAGCGACCAAAAACCUGCUGAGCGAGAAGAACCACGGUGUGCUCCAUACAUCGGUUGUUCUGCUCACAGAGAUGUGUGAACGAAGCCCUGACAUGCUGACGCACUUCCGAAAGAAUGAGAAGCUGGUCCCACAGCUGGUCAGAAUCCUGAAGAACCUCAUCAUGUCUGGGUACUCUCCAGAGCAUGACGUGUCUGGCAUCAGCGACCCGUUCCUGCAGGUGCGGAUAUUGAGGCUACUCAGAAUUCUGGGUAGGAGCGAUGAUGACUCUAGUGAAGCAAUGAAUGACAUCCUUGCACAGGUUGCGACCAACACGGAGACAAGUAAAAACGUUGGAAACGCAAUCCUCUAUGAAACAGUCCUGACUAUCAUGGACAUCAAAUCAGAAAGUGGAUUGAGGGUCUUAGCAAUUAACAUCUUGGGGCGCUUCCUACUAAACAAUGACAAAAACAUUAGAUAUGUGGCAUUGACCUCCUUGCUGAAGACAGUACAGACAGACCACAACGCAGUCCAGAGACAUCGAAGCACCAUCGUAGACUGUUUGAAGGACCUUGACGUGUCCAUCAAAAGACGUGCGAUGGAGCUCAGCUUUGCCUUGGUGAACGGGAACAACAUUCGCGGAAUGAUGAAGGAGCUGCUCUAUUUCCUGGACUCCUGCGACCCAGAAUUCAAAGCAGACUGCGCGUCCGGCGUCUUCCUUGCAGCGGAGAAGUAUGCACCCUCAAAACGAUGGCACAUAGACACCAUUAUGAGGGUCCUAACAACGGCGGGGAGCUAUGUGCGAGAUGACUGUGUUCCCAACCUCAUCCAGCUGAUCACCAACAGCGUGGAGAUGCAUGCGUACACUGUGCAGAGGCUUUACAAGGCGCUGCUGGACGACAUCUCUCAGCAACCUCUGGUGCAGGUGUCCUCUUGGUGCAUCGGGGAGUAUGGAGAUCUGCUGGUGUCAGGGCAGUGUGAGGAGGAGGAGCCUAUCCAGGUAACAGAAGAUGAAGUCCUGGACGUCCUGGAAGGCCUGCUUGUGUCCAACUUGUCCUCUCCCGUGACCCGUGGCUACGCCCUCACCGCUAUCAUGAAGCUGUCCACCCGCUUCAGCAGUGUGAACCGAAUCAAGAAGGUGGUGUCGAUAUACGGCAGCAGCAUAGACGUGGAGCUGCAGCAGCGGGCGGUGGAGUACAAUGCACUUUUCAAGAAAUACGAUCACAUGAGGUCUGCCUUACUGGAACGAAUGCCCAUCAUGGAGAAGACAGCCACUAACGGCCCCACAGAGAUUGUGCAGACCAAUGGAGAGGCGGAGCCUUCGGCCCUGGAGUCGAAAAACCUGCCCAGUGUCACACAGCCCACUAGCCAGGCUAAUGAUCUGUUAGACCUCCUCGGUGGGAACGAUGUCGUGCCUGUGAUCCAGACUGCCCCGCCCACAAAACCUGCCUCCGCCGGAGGAGAGCUGCUGGAUUUACUGGGCGAUCUCUCGCUGCCAGGUGGGCCGGCCCCAGCCCCGGCUCCUGCCCCGCCCAUCUCCGUCUCCCAGCCUGCCUUCCUGCUGGACGGCCUCUCCUCGCAGCCUCUCUUUAACGACAUCGCUGCAGCUAUCCCACCGAUGACUGCGUACAAUAAGAACGGCCUGAAAAUAGAGUUCACGUUCGAAAGGUCAAACCCCAAUCCGAACAUAGCUGUUAUCACCAUUCACGCCUCCAACUCUACUGAGGCAGAGAUGACGGACUUCGUAUUCCAGGCUGCGGUACCAAAGACGUUCCAGCUGCAGCUCCUGUCUCCUAGCAGUAAUAUCAUCCCAGCUCUCAACCAGGGAACCGUCACACAGGUCAUCAAAGUGCUCAACCCCCAGAAGCAACAACUGCGAAUGAGGAUCAAGCUUACGUACAACCACAAAGGGUCUUCUGUGCAAGACCUGGCCGAGGUCAACAAUUUCCCCCCUCAGUCCUGGCAGUGAUGGUCUGCCCUCUCACUCGAAAAGACCCCGCCCUGACCCUCCUCCUCUCCCUCCCCCCUCUCAAGGGAACUAUGGGGAAGGUACCCCUACCCCCCUCCCCUCUGCUGGUCCCCUGUGACAUCACUGUAGACUGCUACACUGGGGUUGCACAGGGAAACAACGGAAUCUUUCUGACACAAAAUGAUGAUGCGAUGAUGACGACGAUGAUGAUGAUGAUGACGACGACGACAGUGACGAUGAUGAU